UUGUGGCCACAAAGAGCCACGGGAGAGCAACGCUGGAGGAGCCGGGGCUGUGGUGGUGUGGCGGCGGGCGGCGGUUGUGGUUGACCGGGGGCUCGCGGAGGGGGCGCGGCGGCCCCUCUAUGCGUCUCCACCCGGACGCGCGUGUAUGGACGACCACUUCUGUCUCCUGCGAUCCCCCCCGCCGAACGCGACCGAAACCCAGGGUGACACGUUGGUGAACCACGGCUAUACCGGAGAGGCGGAGAGCGGCGUGAUGACGGUGGUCGCGUGUGACAACAACAUGCUGGAGGAGUCGGCGGCUCUCCCGGGGGGCCACCUCUCCCUGGAGCGCUACGAGCCCGACCACGAGUGCUGCGAGCGGGUGGUCAUCAACAUAUCGGGCUUGCGCUUCGAGACCCAGCUGAAGACCCUUUCCCAGUUCCCCGAGACUCUGCUGGGGGACCCCAAAAAGAGGAUGAGGUACUUUGACCCCCUGAGGAACGAGUACUUUUUCGAUCGGAACCGACCGAGUUUUGACGCCAUCCUGUACUACUACCAGUCUGGGGGGCGCAUCAGGAGACCCGUCAACGUGCCCAUUGACAUUUUCUCCGAGGAGAUUCGCUUCUAUGAACUCGGGGAGGAGGCCAUGGAGAAGUUCAGAGAGGACGAGGGAUUCAUCAAAGAAGAAGAGCGACCUUUGCCGGACAACGAGUUUCAGAGACAGGUGUGGCUGCUGUUCGAGUACCCAGAGAGCUCGGGUCCCGCCCGGGGGAUAGCCAUCGUCUCUGUGAUGGUCAUCCUCAUCUCCAUUGUUAUCUUUUGUCUGGAGACGUUACCGGAGUUCAGGGACGACAACAAGGAACCUGUUACGCCGGCGGUCAACGGCACGGCCGCUUACUACGGGAACCCGUUCUCGGACCCGUUCUUCGUGGUGGAGACGCUUUGCAUCAUUUGGUUCUCCUUCGAGCUGCUCGUGCGCUUCUUCGCUUGUCCGAGCAAGGCGACGUUUUCUAAAAACAUAAUGAACAUCAUUGACAUCGUGGCUAUUAUCCCCUAUUUCAUCACCCUGGGGACCGAGCUGGCUGAGAGGCAGGGCAACGGCCAGCAGGCCAUGUCUCUGGCCAUCCUGCGCGUCAUCAGGCUGGUGAGGGUUUUCCGUAUCUUCAAACUUUCACGCCACUCCAAGGGGCUGCAGAUUUUAGGGCAGACCCUAAAGGCCAGCAUGCGCGAGCUGGGCUUACUCAUCUUCUUCCUCUUCAUCGGAGUCAUCCUCUUCUCCAGCGCAGUGUACUUCGCCGAGGCGGACGACCCGGACUCCAGCUUCAGCAGCAUCCCGGACGCGUUCUGGUGGGCCGUGGUCACCAUGACAACCGUGGGCUACGGGGACAUGCAUCCGGUGACCAUCGGGGGAAAGAUCGUGGGGUCCCUGUGCGCCAUCGCCGGCGUGCUGACCAUCGCCCUGCCCGUGCCCGUCAUCGUCUCCAACUUCAACUACUUCUACCACCGCGAGACGGAGGGCGAGGAGCAGGCGCAGUACCUGCACGUGGGCAGCUGCCAGCCCCUGGCGGAGGGGGAUGAGCUGGGGAAGACGCACUCCACUUCCUCGCUGUGCAAGAGCGAGUACAUGGUCAUCGAGGACCAAGGGAUGAACAGCGCGUUCAAACAGCCAGCGCCAAACUUCCCCACCACCACCACGACGACCACCACCAUGACCACCACAGCGACGCAAAACAACUCACAGAAUUGUGUAAACAUUAGCAAAAAGAUCUUCACGGACGUCUAG